GCCUCUAAUUAAUACCUAGGCUACCUGGCUGCCUGGUUCUCAUCAUCCUUAACCGCACCAACCUACAGAGACACUCGGCCAAAUCGAAGGGAUCUCGAUACUUCGGCAUACAACAGCUCUCUAGAAAUUUGUUUCUUCACUUCCCCAAAAAUGUCUACCGAAUCCGGCGACACCAUUGCCAACCGCGGUCUCUGCCAGCAAUGCAAGGUUCUUUUCUCUAGAGAAGGCUUCGAACAACUUCUCUCCACGAAUAGAUUCAAGCAUUCAAGACUAGGUACAUUUCCCAGCAGGGCCGAGUGUCGAUUCUGUAGCUAUCUGUGGAAUGAAGAUUUUAUUGGAGAUUCAAGCCAAGUAUAUGCCGUACAUUGUCUGCGCGACCUAGUUCACCCAGUAAAGGGUAGGGUAAAGCUUGGGAAACGGGAUGAGCUUUUGCUAUCUUGGGUGAUUAUAAGCCGUCCUCAACGAGAUCGGUAUAUUAUUGGGAUGAACGGAUCGGUUUCCAAUCUCGAAUCUCUUACCAUAGAUCAUGACUCUAUUCAAGCUAAGGGCGUAGAUAGAUUGUUUAUAACUGUUGAAUCGGAUAGUGGGCGUCCCAUGUGGCAAGCUUGGCGGGCAUUGAGACUACUUGUUCCAAAAGAUAAUCCCGUCGCCGCAUUUACUAAUUUUCGCCCCGUGGAGUGGAAUGGGUUAACGGAGGAAUGGGCAAGUGAUAUAAAAGCCCUGCUCGAAUGCUGCCGUGUGUCACAUCCCCAAUGUCAACCAUGUGGUCCAACACGUCUUCCAUCACGAGUCUUGCAUAUUACUGAGAAUGGAGAACCAUUCCCACAAGUUCAGCUUCUCGUCACUAUCGAAAGACAGACGGGAUAUUAUACAGCCUUGAGCUAUUGCUGGGGAGGGCCACAACCAUUCCAAUUGACGAAAAGCAAUCUCCGCGCUCUUCAAGGGACAACUAUAGAAAGCAAUUUACUCCCACAAACGCUGAAGGAUGCAGUCCGCGUGACGCAUCUCUUAGGGUUGAGAUACUUGUGGAUAGACGCAUUAUGCAUCGUGCAAGACGACCCCGAGGAUAAGAAGCGCGAAAUAAGCAAGAUGUGUGCCAUUUACCAAAACGCCUUCGUCACUAUCGCCGCAGCCACAUCUAAUUCCGUGUCCGAAAGCUUCCUUGAUAAUGCAUCUGCGUUCAGUAAAAAACACGCCACCUGUACCGUUAAUGUCUCUCUCGGCUCCGAGGACCGUCGUGACCCUACCAAUCUUAACGAGGUCACCGUCGCCCCGGUGCAUAUACACAAAACCGAUGCGUUUCCUCUCAAUAAGAGAGGCUGGACAUUUCAGGAGGCCCUACUCCCGACGCGACUGCUCGUAUUUGGAGACCUCGAGCCGUUUGUCCGAUGCCGAACUAGAAACAUAAUGAAGAAAUCCUGGAGUAUGAUUGAUUACUCAAUUGUGCAACCACAGCGGCUCAUUGAUAGUGUAGCGAGUAAAAACGCUACUGAGAGUGGCUUGUUCGUUGAUGCAGGGGGCGAUCUCGAUAGUAUUUGGCGAGUGAUCGUAGAGCAGUACACGCUCCGCGAUCUCAGUUUCGCCGAAGACAGGCCUCUUGCCAUUGGCGGGGUGGUUGAUUUUCUCUCCGAGAAGUUCGGAGAUGAGUGUUACUUUGGCGUCUGGAAAUCAUCCCCAGUGAUGUGGCUGAUGUGGAAGUCCGUAGCCCCGGAGGAGCGAAAGACUAUUCCUGGACUGCCAACCUGGUCGUGGAUGUCCAUCACCGGCCCUAUCGAUCUAGACAGUGUCGUUUAUUUCAAGAGUUCAGAAGGGGUGGUUGAAUGGGACUCAGAUCCUUCACACGCUAGGCUAUUGGUUUCUUGUUGUAUUCUGACGGGAGAAGAAGUGUAUAACGCAGCAGAGGAGAUUGGCUCUAAGGUACUGAUAGAUACUUGGUCUGACUUUGCUGAAGAUACGACGGAAUAUAUUUAUAUGGGGUCGGAGGAGACCUACUUUCUCGUUCUAGGCUCCGAGACAAAUGGCCAUUUCCUGGGUAUUGUGGCUGCACGUUAUGAGGGUAAUGUCUAUCACCGGUGUGGGCUUGCCGAACUGAAUGUUCCAGAAAACUGGCGCUCCAGGCCACGAGAGCAGAUUAUACUUACAUAGCGCUGGAUUAAUAAUUAUAUAUAAACAAGCGAAGGAUAAGUAGUGUUU